UUAUCAAAUUUGUACCUGGGUCACGCCCACCUUACAACUCACAUGGGUCAUUGAGAAAGGAGUAUUUCAGAAGUAUUCUUACAUAAGAGUUAAUUAUCCAAUACAGAAAAUGGUGCAAAAGAUUAAUAUAGAAGGACACGAUGCCUACUGCAAAGCUUUAGAAGAGCAUAAAGGGAAAACUCUGUUUGCACUUUUUUGUGGAAAUGAAGACCCUGCCACUGGUAAAAGUUGGUGCCCAGAUUGUGUUGUAGCUGAACCAGUUGUGGAAAGGAAUUUAAAACAUGUCCCGGAUGAUGCUGUAUUAAUUCACUGCAGUGUGGGUGAUAGACCAUACUGGAAAGAUCAGAACAAUGCUUUCAGGACAGACCCCAAAUUAAAACUGAAGUCAGUACCUACACUAAUGAAGGUUGGAACGCCACAAAGACUAGAAGAGGAACAAUGCACCAAAGAUGAUUUAAUACAGAUGUUGUUUGAGGACUAAUAGUAAUAUACCUACCUACCUCUUACCCAUUUAAUACAUACAUUCCCUCUGUUCUUUAUCACAGUUUGAUUAAAACCUAUUAAAUGAUCUUCAACUAACCAUGACAAUAAAUUACCAUUAAAUUAAUUUAACGCUGUAAUCUCUUUACAGGUUUACAGGUGUAAAGAAUAACAAUCUAGUGACGCAAAAAAAAAAGAGACUGAAAUUGACCUUUUAAAAUUAUUGUUUCUCCUGUGUGAAGUUUGUACAUCAAGUUUGCUGAUUGUUUUAAUGUACAUAAUGUAGUUUAUAAAAUGAGUUAACAGAUCUAUUCUUUUUAAGUUUAAAUCAUAUACAGCAUAUCUCAGUGUAUUUUUUAUAAAAACCUGGUUAGACCUCAAAAGAUCAUGAUUUUCUUCCCAACACAUUCUAAUAGACAUUUGUUGUAAGUUAAUUGUGAAAUAUUCAUAGUGUGUGUUUACAAUAUUUAUUAACAUUUAUUUUUGUCAAUGGAAAUAAAAAACAUUAGUACA